UGUUUCCUCUGUCACCCCUCACAUGCUUUUCUAUUUAAGCGCUACCCUUGACUCCUCCUCUCUCGGCCUCCUCUCAACAAGGACGACGGCCAUGGAGGUCCGGUCAUGGCUCGCCACCUGCUCUUCCUCCUCCUGCACUGCCACUGCUGCCGACGCGACUGUCCCAUUAUAUCGAUCGUCUAACUGCGGCACCAGCCGCUCCUCCGACUCUCCAAGCGGCACCUCCACCUCCUCCUCCUCCUCCUCAAACUCGAGCUCGAGCUCUCGCGAGACGAGCAGCAGCAGCAUCGAAUCCAACCUUUCCCUCCAAACUCUACCGUCUGUCCCUUCCCUCCAAACCCUAACCACCGACUCCCUCCACCUCUCCGUCUCUCACCACGUCCUCUACACUCUCUCUCCUCCCUGCCUCCUCCCCAUCACCUGCCUCGCCCCCCACGGCAAGCUCCUCUACGCCGCCUGCGGCCACGAGAUCCAUGUCUACGACGCCUCCAAUGCCUCCGCCGGCGGCGAGAUCUUCCACAUCGAUGCUUUCAACAUCCGCGCCUCGUCCACGGGCUCCGUCAAGUCCGUCGCCUUCUGCGGUGGCCGGGUGUUCACCGCGCACCAGGACGCAAAGAUCCGCGUCUGGGAAGCGGCGCCAGACGGGCGGCAGCAUGGGCUGGCCGCGACCCUCCCCACCGUAGGCGACCGCCUCCGCCGCUUCAUGCUUCCGAAGAACUACGUCACAGUACGCCGCCACCGGAAGCAGCUCUGGAUCGAACACGCCGACGCUAUCUCCGCCCUCGCGUCAAAUGAUGGCCUUGUCUACUCCGUCUCCUGGGACAAGACCCUCAAGACAUGGCGUGGCGGCAGCGACAGUGGCUCCGAUCUCCGGUGCCUGGAGUCCGUGCGGGCCCACCACGACGCCGUCAACGCUGUGGUGGUGGCCACCGACGGGACGGUCUACACCGGGUCAGCAGACCGGAGGAUCCGGGUCUGGGCGAGGCAGACAGGGGAGAAGCGGCACUCGCUGGUGGCGACGCUGGAGAAGCACAGGUCAGCGGUCAACGCGCUGGCAUUGAGCGGGGACGGGUCGGUGCUGUUCUCCGGGGCGUGCGACCGCUCGAUACUGGUGUGGGAGCGAGAGGACAGCGCCAACCACAUGGUGGUGACGGGAGCUCUGAGAGGGCACGCGAAGGCCAUCCUGUGCCUGAUCAACAUCUCCGAUCUGCUGCUGAGCGGGUCGGCGGACCGGACUGUAAGGAUCUGGCGGCGGGGAGCGGAGGGCAGGUACUGUUGCUUGGCCGUGCUGCAGGGCCACCGGAAGCCCGUGAAGUCGCUGGCCGCCGUUUCUGGAGGAGAUGGCCUCGUAACGGUGUUCAGCGGAAGCCUGGACGGGGAGAUUCAAGUGCGGCGCGUCUUGGUCUCGAGCGUCGACAAGGGCCGGUUCGGAUCGUGCUGAAAUUGGAAUUCGUGAGGCCAAAUAAAAAAGCGAAUAAAUUUACUAGGAUGAAAAACAACUGAGAAAUUAUAGUAUAAGUUAUUUUUUAGGCUCUUUUGUGGCACCAUCUUGUGAAUAUCUUGUUUUAUUUUUUUCUAUUUGAAGAAUUUGAUAUGUACCACACGGAGUUUGUACUCUAUCAAAUUCAUGAUUAUAUCCAAUGAAAUAG